GAAGCGGAAGCGCAUGUGCGCGCGCCCUCAUUUCCGGCAGGCGGGCGCGCGGGUUGAUUCGCUGAGCGCGGGGACUCGGAUAUGGCGGGACUUACUGCUAUGGAGAAGAAGCUGGCUGAAUACAAGUGUAAUACAAAUGAAGCAAUUCAGCUGAAGCUAGUUCGUUUUCCUGAGGAUUUGGAGGAUGAUAACACAACAUUUAAUCCAGAGUACAGCCAUCAAGUGUUUGGAGAUGAUGAAGUUGCUUUUGGCUACAAGGGACUCAAGAUCCUCCUGUAUUACAUUGCUGGAAACCUGUCAACGCUCUUCCGCAUUGAAUACGCAUCAAAAGUAAAUGAGAAGUUUGACUGUGUGGAGGCAGAUGAUGUUGAAAGUAAAAUUAGAGAAAUCAUUCCGCCUGGUUUUUGCACAAAUACAGAUGACUUUGUGUCUCUGCUGGAGAAGGAGGUAAACUUCAAGCCCUUUGGAAUGCUGUUACACACGUAUUCUGUCCAUGAGGAAGCUGGUGAAGAUAUAACAUAUCAGAUAUACAAGGCUGACAUGACAUGUCCAGGCUUUCGAGAAUAUCAUGAAAGGCUUCAGACGUUCUUGAUGUGGUUUAUUGAAACUGCUAGCUUUAUUGAUGUAGAUGAUGAAAGAUGGAACUACUUUCUAGUAUUUGAGAAGUAUAAUAAGGAUGGAGCUACGCUCUUUGCGACCGUAGGCUACAUGACAGUCUAUAAUUACUAUGUGUACCCAGACAAAACCCGGCCACGUGUAAGCCAGAUGCUGAUCUUGCCACCAUUCCAAGGAGAAGGCCAUGGUGCUCAGCUGCUUGAAACAGUUCAUAGAUACUAUAUGUCUUCUCCUACUGUACUUGAUAUAACAGCCGAAGAUCCAUCUGAGAACUAUGUGAAGCUCAGAGACUUUGUUCUUGUAAAGCUCUGUCAAGAUUUGCUUUGCUUUUCCCCAGUAAAGUUAAUGCAAGGUUUCAGUCAAGAAAUGGUGACAGAAGCUCAGCAAAAAUUGAAAAUAAAUAAGCAACACACAAGACGAGUUUAUGAAAUUCUCCGAUUGCGUGCAACAAACAUGGGUGAUGCAGAACAGUCCAGAAGCUAUCGGUUGGAUGUUAAAAGAAGACUGAUUGGGCCCUAUAAGACCAGAGGCAGAGAGAAAAGGUUCGAAAAAUGUCCUACUUUGGCUCUUCAAACCUCAUUUCAGAUAUAAGGCCAAACUGGAGGAAUCUCAGCACAGAACCAAUGUGAAAUGGGAUGUGAAGCAUUCUUCAAGGAGAGUCUUUCACACAGACGUGCUGAAUAAACCCUGGGCUGAAAAGUGGCAUCUCCAAAACUGUCUCUGAAACUGAUGACCAGGACAUCUUGAGAUAUCACCUCUCCAUCUUAAACAUUUCAGGGGAUUUGCCAGUUGUAACCAAAAGACAAUUAUACACAUGGAGAAAAAAGUGAUGUAUUUGCUUUUGGUGACAACUUGAACACUGGAGUAUGAUUAUUUUUCUGGUUUGCUGUGUUAGGUGUGUCUCUCUUUUCGGAGAUAUUCACCCCAUAUUUUACUGCUAUAAAGGUCCUAAAGACUAUAUAUGUUGUGUUUCUCAGCCAAAGGAGAAAGCCUGCAUCUGAGCAUAAAUUAGAGACUACUGAAUAAUGACUAUUAGGCUUAAGAUGCAACCAGAGACUGCAAAAAUUACAGUUUGCUUGAAAUGUAAUUGAUCAUAAUUUGAUAGAUCCCCUCUUGUUUUCUGCAUGCAAAAAUAAUUGGUCCUAUCUAACCACUAGUCAGUACAUACAACUGUGAAAUAUCCUGACACUUAAGGACAAAGUAAUUACAAAGGUAGUAGCAUAACUAGAAUAGCCUCCAUUUUGUUAUGCCAUCAACCAGUUUUCAGACUGUUACAAUAAGGAAUUUAGGACUUAGAAAUGCAGACAAAAGCCAAGUAUUCAUUUCAUUUUCUCUAACAGUUGCCUUAUUCCACUGAGUAGGACAUACUGUCUGACUCAAAUAAGAAAGGUGAGACUAGGCUACUUUAGAGCUCUCUGUUUCUCUCCUUUACUGCUAGUUGAGGAAAACGUGGCGUAUCAUACAUGGAUAUUUUCAAGUGAGGUGUUCUGUUCUCUUUAAGCACACACAAGCACACCCACUCAAGAGUAUAUAUAGUUGCUUAGGCCAAGCAGCAGAACGUGUGUUUGCUUUACACUGCACUUUGAUGUUGUAGAACUAAUGGUUGAGUGUCUGGAUUCCUAAAGCCUUGCCAAGAUACAAAAGAGGACAAAAUGAUGCCUAAUGCAAUUCACACUCCUGAAAGACCAUGCUGCGUUGUAGAAUUAGGAACAAAGUGAAGACACGCACAUUUUUGCCCUGCAAAUGAAAUGUGUCCAUACUCUAAACCAGCGAGCAGUGGGUAAUGGUCUCACGAGGUGUAAGUGGUCAGCUUAGGAAUGGUUUCUCUAUAUUUAUAUCUUUUUCUUUGAAAAUCUUAUAAUUUUCCCCUCACUGAAUAAUGAUGAUGAAACAUGUAAGUUCAUGCAGAAUGUGGUUAUAAGAAGGGGAAUAUUUUAUUUUUUGAAGGCAGUGCAGGGUAUUCUAUUGAUCUUUAAACUACUGUGUAGUCUGGAUAUAAGCUAUAUGAUAGGCUGCCUAUCAUGUUGUGGCAGCUGAUUAAGAGAUGCACUUUUACUAGCAAAGUUUAAGAGGAUCACAGUACAUUUUUUUGGUCAGAGAAUGCUUGGAAUUUGCUCCUUAAAAUCAGAAAUGCUUGAAGUGUAACUUUUAAAUUCAUACUUUUUUGGGGCUUUUUCUGAAGCACAUGUAAGUAAAUGGCUCAGCAUUCCCAUCCACCUUGGGCUUUGAGUCUAUUCUUAUCUAAAUCAUAAAACUUGUACAUGAGAAGUCAAAAACUGCUAAUGGCUGUACCAGGAGGUAAAUAAAUGUGGAGAUAAACAGC